GAAGCACCACUAUAUCAUUACAUUUUGUGAUUGGAUUAUGGUAGAGCGAACUAACUAGUUUUUUGAGUAAAUGGUUGAAAUUUGUCGACUUAAAUUCCUUAUGGUUUUGAAAUCAGAAUAUGAACGAAUCAUUUUCACAGAAACAUGAAAUUUCUAAAGCUUUAGUUGAAUUAAAACUUUCAAUUUUCGAUACCUUGAUUCAUGACAAAAUAUGGAACAAAGUUGCCAAUGAUAUCCUGAAAACUCCAUCUUUUGAUUCCAGUUUUGAUAAACGCAAUAAUCUUGACACUUUGUCAAUGAUCAAGCUGUUACCCAGUUAUGAAAAUCUGUUGAUACAAUUCAAAGAAAAACUACAAAAUAUAAUGAAUUCCUGUCAACCAAAUGAUUAUGAAAAUUUAAUUACAACAUUAUUUCAUCAAUCUGAAUGUAAUAAUAAUGAAAGUAAUCCACAACCAAAUGAUAAUUUUAAUGGUUCACAGUUGAUACCAUCCAAUUCAUCGAAUCAUUACAUAAAACAAUCUGUUAAUUUACAAAAUAAUUUAAACAUUAAUAAUAAUGAUACUAAUUAUGAAAUUGUUAAUGAGAAUAAUCAUUGUUCAUAUAAUGAAACCAAAUUGAAAACAAAUAGUUCACGUCGUUAUUCAUCAUUUUCUAAUUCUUCAUCUGUAUGUAUUCCAUCAAAUUUAUCAUGUUCCGAUGCAUUAUUCUGUUUAUCAUCAUCAUCAUCAUCACCAUCAUCAUCGUCAUCCUCAUCAACAUCAACUGAAGAUAGUUCAUUAACAUUAUGCCCAAUAUCAUCACCAUCAAUAAAAUCAACGAUAAUGUCCAAUACAUUAAAACAACAAAUCAAUAAAAUUUCUCAUCAUGAUCAUGAUCAUCAAAAAAGUAAACAUAAAAUCAAUAAUUUAGAAAAUUCUAAUCAAAAUUUAUUACAAUAUUCAUCAUUAAAUAGUCCUUCAAAUAUUCAUAAUACAAUUUAUUCAUUUAGUGAUGCUGAUUCAACAUUAUCCAGUUGUUUUAAUAAUGUUGAAUUUACAGUAAUGAAUCAAGAUCAACUAAUUAGUUUAGCCAGUGCCUUAGAUAGUCGUUCUAGUCGAUUAGAUUGUCGCCAAAAAGCUUUGAAACAAUUAGUUCAUUUACCAAUCAUUGAUGUACAAGCUUGUGAAGUUUGGAUAUAUUUAAAUCAGAAUAUCACAUCACAGUCACCACCUUUGAUAAAAACAACUUCGUUCACAACAGAGAAGCAAACAACAACAAAAACUUUAUCAUCAUCAUCAUCAUCGUCAUCUUCAUUUUCAUUGGUUAGUCAAGAUCGAUCCACGAUAAAUAAUAAAUUGCCUAAGUUAUAUUCAGUAACAAAUACUCCUGAUAUAGUAGAUAAGAUUAAAAUUGACAAAAAAACUCCUCAGAAAAUGUCAACAUCAGCCUCAUCAUUAUCCUUAUCAUCAUCACUGAAGUCAAAAACAUUCAGUGGUAUUCAACAAAGUAUGCCAACUGAAGAAAACCUUUCAACUGAUGAUAAUCAUGAAAAUACUAAGGAAAUAUCAAUCUAUACUACUAGUAAAAAUAAUAAUAGUAGUAAUGCUCAUAUAACUAGUAAUAUGAAAAUGAUUACAACUGGUGGUUUAAGACGUGGUUUAGCCGAUGCUUUAAAUGAUGAAGAUGAUAUUUUAUGGAGUCUUUCAUUACGGUAUAUAAGCAAAGGACUUUCAACUACUCCACCAAAUAUUCGUGAAACUUACAGUUUAUUAAUUGAAUAUCUACAACUACAAUUCACUAAAAAUGCUCAUCAAUAUCCAUUUCUUAAAGACGGUGUUGAUUUUCAACAAAAUCAUAACAAGAGAGUUUUAAGAGCAUGUUAUUUAAUGAAUAAAUUUCAUCAAACAAUCCCUUUUUAUUGGAUUCGUUAUUCAGAACAAUUCGUUAACGAAAUUAUUGGAAAAUGCUUGAAUAUUUUAUCUAUUGGUUGUGAACAAUUUAAUCAGGAACAAAGUUUUCAUAAUCUUCGUUUAACUCCAUUUCAUUUAUUUAGUCUUGUUGAUUGUCAAGCUAAAUGGUUUAUACAAUCUUCCCAUGGAACAUAUUGUUGCAAUGCUUUAAUUGUUCAAUUAAAAAAUCACUAUGAAUUAUUUGAAUUUAGUGUCCUAAUAUGCCUAAUUUACAUGAAUAAAAAUAAUGGUAACAAUGUAUUUUCAUUGAAAUAUGAUGCAUGUACAAAUAAUCCAAAUAAUAAAUAUUAUUAUUCAUAUAAAGAAUUAAUCUAUAUAUCAUUCCUUCAUGCUAUUCAAAUUAUAUGUCGUGUUCUAUGCUUUUCUCAUGGAAGAAAUUUAUUCCCAAUUCAAUUAAAACAAUCAAAAACAAUAACAUUAAUAAAUGUAAAUCAACCAAUCACGGUCAAUAUAUUUCUAUGUACAAUGUUACAAUUUUUGUACAGAACCAUAUUCACCGUAGAAGAAAUCCACCAAACUUAUCAUCCUUUUAUGGUAAUCAAAAGUUGUUUAACUAAAUUAACUUUAUAUGAAACAGUUUCGAAAAAUUGUUUUACAAUUGAUAAUUUGUCAAAUAAAAACAAUUUGUCUAGUCUCAAUAUUAAUCGUCUUCAACAACCAUCACAUCUACAGUCUUCAUUAUAUUCUACAAUUAUGGAAGAAAAUGACUACAUUAAUCUACUGAAUUCGAAAGAAGAUUCUUUAUCAUUUAUAUCAUUAUUGAUAAAGUAUCUAUUAGAAUUUUGCCAUAAUAAGGAUACAAUGAAAAUAGAAUUAGUUAACUUGUAUAAAUUUGAAACAUUUGUUGAAGUUUUACAAAACAUCUUAUCUCAUAAAACUGGUCAAAUAAUUUUACAAAAUUUAAUAAGUAAAACAUUAAUUUUGAUCAAUAAUUUGCUAGAUUUCACCAUGAAACUUUUAUAUCAAUCAGUAGAAAUAAAAAACUUGUCUUCAUCAGUUGACAAGUAUUAUGUUCUUCUGUUGAAUAUAUUAAUCAAAGUUGUUCAUUGUGGUCAGCAUGUAACCAGACGUGGAACAAGUUUACACUUUGAAGAUAUACAUGAUUUCAAUUCUGUACUGAUUAAAAUAUGGUAUCAGAUUACAGAAAGCAAACUGAUGUCUGAAAUAAACUCUAAUUUAUCGUAUCCAAUUCAAGAGAAAGUAUUAACAGAUUUACGAAAUUGUUUAAUUUAUUCACUUGGAAGCCCAAUUGGUAUUGAAUUAUUUACUAAGUCUAAUUUGUUAAACAACUGUACAAUGCAUUUACAAAAAUAUCUUGUUAAUGAAUAUAAUAUAUCUUUUCGUCGGCCACAUACAUGUGGUUUUUUAUUUAGUCAAUUAGCAUUAAAUAAAUCCAGCCUCUUGGCUUUAUCUCAAUCAGGUAUAAUUAAUUUAUUAGUUAAAUAUGCUUGGCAGUCAAUUGAAUACUUUGAUAGUACAGGUCAUGUUAAUUUAACAGGGAAUUAUUCUAUGGUUAAAACAUAUAAUCCACCAAUGUGGUCUAUUGAUCCAAUUGAUAAAAUUGCAUAUAAACCAUUUGUCAAUUUGGUCCGAGUUACAACUUCAUAUGAAUGUAUAGAAAAUUUACUCAACCCUAUGAAUUUCUUAACAAAUAAAGAAUAUUAUGAUUUUCGACAAGAUAUACCUACUAAUUUAUCUGAAUUUUUCGAUCGUGUAAUAUUUGUAAACAAUAAUACGGCUAAACUUCAUUCAUUGUUCAAUCCUGAUCAAUGUCAAGUAUUUGGUUUAAGGUUAUUAUCAUGCAUAAUAUCUUGUUUGGAUUCACUUUUAUGGUUUGAAGCAUAUCUCAAUCUGUCUGAUUAUUUGUUAAAUUGUCAAAAUAUGGAAGAAUAUCUACCAACAAAUGUAAAUGUUAUGUAUGAUGCAUUGACGAUUGAACGUAAUUAUCUACUCACGAAAAUAUUUUUCAUUGGUGGACCAACUGAACGUGAGUUACCACCAAGAAUACUUUGUCAGCAUACUAAUAAUAUAUAUCCAUCUAUAAUGAUACAAAGUAAACUUGUCUAUGAUAAUUCUUAUUCUUAUUCUACUACACUAAGAGAUAGUACCAUAAUUGAUAAUAAAUGUAAACAAUAUCCAUGUAUUAAUUGGUACAAUGAAAUGUUUCCUACAAAAUCAAUUAAAUCUCAACUCGUAACUGAUUUAUUAAAAGUUGAAUUAAUCAAUCAACCAAUCACAUCGUUGAAAACAGCAAUAGAAUGGAUUAAUCAAUGUCAGACAUUGUUUAAGAAUUAUGAUCUAAAUAUAAAAGGAGAAGAAUUCAAUUUGGAAAUGAAAUAUACACUUAUUGGAAAUUUUUUCGAUCAAUGUCUACUAACAAUGAAUUAUAUCAAUGAAUCGAACCCAUGUCUUCAAUCAUUGAUAAAAGCUAAUAGUCAAGAAAUAAAUGGCUUUAAGCUUUCAAAAAUGGAUGAGAUCGCCGUCGAUUGGACAAUACGUUACGGUCUACGUAUUGGUUCGUUGCCUCCUAAAUUUGGUUCCAAUGAAGUAACCUAUUCAGAACAAUAUCAAUUUUAUUCAGAACAAUUUCGCAAACUGUUGUGUACAAUUCGACUAGCAUUUGAUAUGGAGAGACAAUUAACAAAAAAUAAUCAAAAACUCUUAACAGAUGAACCAUUUGAUUGGUUUGUAGCUACAACAUUUCUUAUAUAUCAAGGAAAUUAUGACCGUGCAUGGAAUUUUCUUUGCAAAUAUUCAUCAUUUUUACAUUCAUUAUACUUAUGGCCAAAUAGAUGUAGAAAUCUGAGUAAUUAUCAUAAUUUAUUUUAUAUAAAAUCAUGUCAAUAUUUUGAACAUUUGUUAGCACUUGAAUGCCCAAAUGUUUUCAACACAUUUGUUAUGGCUGAAAUGAGUCCAGCUCAAAUAUAUUUACGUUGGACAAAUCAAUGUUAUUGGAAUUACUUUGAUUGGAUAAAUAUUAUAAAUUAUAUAACAGUAUGUUUAUUACAUCCAAUACACUUUCAAUUAUAUUUGAAUCUAUGUAUUAUGCAACAUCUUAGUCCUGCUCUAUUACAUAUUACAAAUGAACAGUCAACAAGUCAAAAACAACAACCAGAACAGUUGAUUAUAUUUUUACAAGAAGAACCAAUUAGAGGAUUCGAUUAUCUGAAACAUUUUCCAUACAUGUAUGAAUUACAUAAAAAAUAUACUGAACAUCUUGAUAUGUAUAAACUGAAUUGAAUUUGAAUGAAUCAGUCAUUCUGACCAAAUAUCAUCAUUAUUGUAAAUGUAUAAAAUAAAAAUGAAGUAUUGUGAUCAUAUUGAAUUGAUUUGAUAAUUACUUACAUACUUACUUACGUCUGUUACCUCUCGUGGAAGAUCAUAGUUAGCCUACCAGCAUUUUCCAUCCAACUCUGUCAUGGGUAAUCCUUUCUAGUUGUUUCCAGUUCUUAUUUAUUCUUUUGAUGUUUGCUUCCAGUUCUCGAUGCAAUAUGUUCCUUGUUAUUCCUCUCAUUCUUUUUCCUUCGGAAUUACAAGCUAGGACUUUUCUCUUGGUUAAGUUGGAUGACAUCCACAAUGUACGUCCUACUCACAUCCAGCAUCUCUGCCUGGUUCCGUAUUCAGCUUCAAGUUGGUUUGGUCUCUCCCACAGUAGGUUGUCGCUAAACGUAUCAGAACAACGGACAUUCAGUAUCUUACAUAGAAAAUUGUUUAUAAAUAGUUGUACUAUUUCGAUGAUGAUUGUAGUAGUUCUACAAGUUUCAGCUUCGUGCACUAGGACUGUUUCGACUUUUGUAUUGAAGAUGCUCACUUUGAUACUGGUUGAUAGUUGUUUUGAGUUCCAUAUGUUUUUCAUCUGUAGGAAUCCUGUCCUUGCUUUGCCAAUCCUAGCCUUCAUAUCUGCAUCAGAUCCCCCUUGUUCACUGACGAUGCUGUCCAGGUGCUUAAAGGUCUAUACCUUUUCUAGAGCUUCUCCAUCAAGUGUGAUUGGGUUGGUGUUGUCUAUGUUGUGCUCGAAGAUUUCGCUUUUUCCAUUGUGUAUGUUCAGGUCUAAUGCAGCAGAGGCUGCUGCUACACUGUCUAUCUUCACCUGAAUUUGUUGGUGUGUAUGGGUUGGAAUUAGAAUUAACAUAUUUGUUUAGUUCUUAUCACGUUUUUCAUAUAUUUCAAUAUAUGUACAGCGUAAAAAUAC